AAACCGUUCUGCAUGGCUUUUGAACCUUUAAAAAACUCAAUUAUAGCAACAAAAGUCGGUUCUAGACAAAACAGUGCCAUUGGCAACAGUCUUUUUUAAUUAUCUCCGAAAGACUUUUUGGGUGUUCGCGCGAAAAAGAAAAUCAUGCUAUUUUUGUUGAAUCGCUGUGUAAUUGUCGGUAAACUUCAAAGCUUACAUUUUCAURAAAUUUGCAAAACUUUUAGCUGGAAAUAAUCCCACUGACAAAGAGAUAUGCAGACAUCUUUGGAUAUCAUUGUCAUUUUAGUUCAUUAAUGCCGAAGUGUAAGACAAAUAAUUAAACUUAAGCCAACUACUUAGCAUUGCAAACAGAGGUCAUAUUUUAUGUCGGCACUAAACGUCAUUUCUCAACAAAAGUGUGCCGUAUCGUCUUUCACUUUUUCUGGUUCGAGACAAGCAAGUCAUCGUGAAUGUUCUCGAGAAAGUGGAGCUUUAACGAGUUGUUCUGGACACCUGUUUAUCCGACGAAUUCUCGUGGGAGGGCUUUAAAAAGGCUUUUAAUUGGUUUAUUUGCCUUGCAUAUGUGAAGUAGAUGAAGCAACAAGCAUCGCAAACAAGACAAUUUGAUAACCCACGAGCUGUGCAGCAUGAAUUCACAUUGAAUAUCAGCAGAAACUCUGGACAAAAUACUGCGAAAUCAUAYGUUAUGGCGUCUUUGAAGAUUGUUGUGUUUCCUGGACUUGAAGAGAUAACUUACACAACGGAGAAGAAGCCAAAUUCAAAUAAUCCCGUACUUGAAUUCUUAGCUGACCGCUCUAGUGUGACUCGAGAAGAACUGUACACAAUUGAACAAAUAAGCAACAAGCAAAUGGAGUCAGAGAAAAUGCGAAAAAAUAUUAAAAAUGGACGCCAGUUCAUAUGUCCACCCAUUCUGGACUUGGCAAUGACGCGUCAAAACUCCGAARCACAACCAGUCAACAAACCAAAAAGAAUCUUGAAUGGCUUUUUUCCUUCAAAAAUACGCACUUCAUCAAGUCCUAAUUCCGCUAGAGAAUCAAAGUUAAAUCAGGAGUUGUAUGAAGAAUUGGUUCCAGAUACCCCGGCCACAUCUUACCAAAACGGAACUUAUUGGGGCAGAGCAGUAUCUCGAAGCAGUCCCAAAUCCGAUCCUACCAAAAACCAGCAGUCGCCCUAUGGAAUGACCCGUGGUGAUCAAAAAGUUGUGUAUUCUUUGAGGAACGGCUCGCCAUCGCCAUGGAUCAAUCGUUAUCAGUUGAAAAAGAGUACCAUUUCGAUAUGCAAUGCAAAGGAACUCAAGAAUCAUUCGUUAGAUCGGGCCUCGCGAGGUUUCUCGAGAUGACGUCAAUAUCCAUUUUUAAAAUGCAUGCCAUGACGUAAUU